GUUCUUUAUACGUUGUACUUCCGGUUCACAAUGGCAGCUGUUUGCGGUAAAGUAAAGACAUUCAAAAUUGGAUUAAGUCUAAUAAAAAUAUACCUCCUGCAGUCCUAGAACUUUUCCAUCUUGUUAUCAGGGAAGAUGUUCAAGACUACAUUAGAGGAAUUUUAUGCCAGGGAGUGGCAAAUCAGUUAUCCAGAGCCUCGAGAUCAGGGUUCAAACCACGACCUCAGCCAGAUGGGGUACAUCAGAGGCAGUCUUGGGGCCGAGAGUCCUUCCACAAAUUCAACUCCUAAUAAUUCUCACUACACCCCCCAAAUGAUUUCACCACCCCAACCUGAAGCACAAAAGGCUUAUCUAGACCUAUCAAACAUGCAGCCACAGUCUUCAGCUAUCACUGUUGAAAGAAUGGAACAAAACACGUAUGCCAUGUCCCAAGAACAAUCAAACUGGCGUGUCAAUGAGACUGCCACAUCAAGUGUUCAAAACGUACAUGAACCACUACGACGAUCUCCAAGAAAACAUGCUGCCUUGACAACCACUGAGCAACAGAAGUCAAAUAAGGGAAAAUUGCUUCAAGAUCAGUGUUCAAACCAGGACCUCAGCCAGAUUGGGUACUUCGGAGACAGCCUUGGGACCGAGACCCCUCUCAUGCAUUCAACCCCUAACAAAUCUUGCUACAUCCCCCAAAUGAUUUCACCACCCCAACCUGAAGCACAAUGGGCUUAUCUAGUAGAGGUGCGCGGUAUUACCGGUAUACCGGUAUGUUUUCGCUACCGGUAUGUACCGCGGUACACGAGGCCAAAUACCGGUAUGUUCAAGUCCGACAACUCUUAACAAAAAUAUAAAAUGGAAACAAAGCAUAGAUAUAAAAAUAUACAAUAUAAAAUCUAAAUAUAUCUAUACAUUAAAAAAAUAAAUAUUUAUUAAAGAAACAAACAUCAACAUUUGUAUACGUUGUGACUCACUUUAUUUACAUUGUCUCUUCGUCAUGAUGUAAUGAAAGGUAUGUCUAACUACAGUACACAAUCGGCAAUACGUAUCAAGUAUUUUAAAAAAUAAAACGAUUUGAUUUUUAAUAAAAACAUAUCAAAAUUUUUAAAAACUGAUAGAAAUAAAUUUCAUUUCAAUAAGAAAACCUUUAAUAUUUGGUAGACUAUAAAAUUGUUUUAUGUUGUAUGCUUUAUGCGGGUCAUAUACCGUUCCCGCCAAUUAGGCAAACCCCGAGUAAAAUGGAAGUAGCAGACACGGAUUUUGAGAUCGUACCAAAUAAAAGAGCAAAAUCCUCAAUUUGGAAACAGUUUGGUCUGAAGAAAAGGAAGUCAGAUGGAAGGAUUGAGGAAAGUGUUGCGAUUUGUAAACUAUGUGACUCUGUGAUCAAGUGUGCGGGAGGUGGCACUUCUAAUCUUACAGCCCAUUUACGCCGUCACCAUCCACUACAAGUUACAAGUACUGCUACAGCUACCUCUGAAAAAAGUAACGCCGCGUCCCAUGGUUUUCAGCCACAAUCUCUGACUGUAGCUGGGAUGUUCGCUAAUAGACAGCUUUAUAAAUCUUCAUCACCCAAAGCAGUGGACAUUACGCAAAAAAUUGCUAAAUUUUUGGUCAAGGACCUUAGACCUUACAGAAUGGUUGACAGCCCAGAGUUUAGAGAUAUUAUCAAUGCAUUGGACCCGAGAUACCAAGUUCCAUCUCGAAAACAAUUUAGUGAGGCCAUCAUCCCUAAAAUGUACAACGCAGUGAAGGAAAAUGUACUAAAAACCUUGUCAUCAGCAACACAGGUGGCAAUCACUAGUGAUGGAUGGACCUCGAGGUCAACCGAGUCAUAUGUCACUGUCACGGCAACCUUUGUUGAUGCAAAUUGGGAGAUGCAGAAUUAUAUUCUUCAAACCAGGCCCAUGCCAGAAAGUCAUACAGCUGAAAAUGUGGCAUCUGUCAUCAGGGAGGCCUGUAAAGAAUGGAAACUUCCAAGUCCUCUUGGUCCUCCGCCACUGGUGUCUGACAAUGCAGCAAAUAUGUUAAAAGCAGGGCAGAUAAUUGGGUGCAUUCACAUAGGAUGUUUAGCUCACACUCUGAAUUUAGCAGCACAACGUUCCCUGAAAGUGAAAACUGUCUCUAAUCUGUUGGCCCGUAUCAGAACCAUUGUUGCAUUUUUUCAUCGCAGCACUGUGGCAGCAUCAGUUUUAAAAGCCAAGGCAGAACUGUUGGCUAUCCCAAACCACAAACUCAAAAUUGAUGUGUGUACCAGAUGGAAUUCUACCUUUGAUAUGAUUGAGAGAUUUCUAGAAAUGCAGGCUGCUGUCAUAGCUUCACUUAGAUGCAAGGAAUUAUCACAUAUUAAGAACAAGGAUAUAAGCAACCUAAGUGAUGAGAGUGUCUCUCUGGCAGAAAACAUUGCAGCUUGUUUGAAACCCUUAAAGGACAUGACCACUAUGCUCUGCACUGAAUCCACUCCAACUCUUUCUGUGAUUAUGCCACUUCAUCGACAGCUCAUCACCAACAUUCUAGUCGCAAAAGAGGAUGAUUCCCACACAGUUGUGGAGAUGAAGAAGCUUAUGAAAAAUGAUUUGGAAUCAAGGUAUGCAGACAAGAAAGACUUUCUCAACAUGGUGUCAGCCAUUGAUCCUCGUUUUAAAUCUUUACCAUAUCUCACUGAUGAAGAAAAGACAGAUGUGUUUGACCAUGUCACGCAGGAAGCAGUACGUCUAGCAGGAGCCAAAUUGAAACCAUUUGUUGUGAAAACAGAAAAAGAAGAUGAAAGCACAUUUACGAUUGUUCAGCCUAACUUGCCCUUAUUGCCUGCGCUUCCUGGUGAUUCAGAAAUUCAGAUUAAAAAUGAAACAGUUGUUGAAACCAGCAGCAAGACAGGAACAUUUGCAGAUUCCUCCUGUGUCUUGCAUGACAUUUUGGGUGAUGUAUUUGUUACUUUAGUAGAGCCACCAAAAUCAUCCCUUGAGUUAGUACAGAUGGAAGUCAUCAAUUAUAAGAGUGAGCCAUCAAUUCCACUAAAGGCCAAUCCUUUAAACUGGUGGCGUGACCACAAGACCAAAUAUCCACAGCUGUGUGAUCUAGCUAAAUCUUUCCUCUGUAUCCCAGCCACAAGUGUGCCUUCAGAGAGGGUGUUCUCAACUGCAGGAGACAUUAUAACUGCACAACGGGCUAACCUUAAAGGAAAGCAUGUGGACACUCUGAUCUUCUUGAAAAAAAAUAUGAUAUAAGAUCAUAUAGAUUUAAAACAGUUCAAUUAAUCCAUCCAUUUACCAAUGUUCAUUGUUUAUUAUAGUUUGUUACUUUUGCGGGUUUUUUUAUAUUCUUUUGUUUAUAAUAGUCAUUCCUGUUGAUUCUAGUCAUGAUACAGAGACACUGCUGUAUACUAAGUAUAUACUAUAUACUUACUUUUAUGUUGUUACUGGUUUCAAAAUAAAAUUUGACAAUAUA